ACAAAUAUAAACCGCAUUAGAGGAUGCAGAAGCGUCCGAAAGCGGAAGUGAAGCGCGUGACGAUGUCGGGCACUGGGCAGGGACAGGGACAGGGACCGGCCAAACCGCCUCGUCUGAAGGCCGCGAAAAAGCAUUUGCAAUUCGAGAGUCCACUGCCACGUCGAACACGCGCCAGGCAGCAGCAACAGCAGCACCACCACCACCAGAAGAGGCAGCAGCAGGGGCAUCCAGACAAAGUCAUUGCUAUGCCGAGCAACAGCCAGGAUGCGGACACGGAUGCGGCAGCGGAAGUUGGAGUGGACGUGCCAGAAACAGAGCCAGUGCCAGUGGUCGAACCAGGAUUCAGGCAGGAUUCAGUGUCACAGUCGUCGGCCAUAAAAAGACGUCUCGCCGAGGGCUGCAGCACUCUUAUGUAUGCGUGUCAGCGCGGCGACAUUGUCCAAGUGCUCGCCCAAAUCCGCGCCAAGCCCCAACUGCUGCGGCAACGGGACCGCAGCAAUCGGAACGCGCUGCAUUAUUGUGCCGCGCAGGACCUGGAACAGACAAGAGACCUCGUGGCGGCCGCCAGCAUCGCCAUCGCAGCCCCCGAGCUGCUGGAGUCCGCCGAUGAAGAUGGCUUCACGCCGCUUCACUUGGCUGUUAUUCAGGGCAAUUUGGCCAUGGUCAAUUUGCUGCUAGCGAACAAAGCCGAUGUGAAUGCGGUGGACAAUGAGGGUCACUCGGUGGUGCACUGGGCAACUGUUUGCGGCGAGGUGGAGUCCCUGCGCGCUGUCCUGGCAGCCGGAGCAAACGUCGCCCAGCCGGAUGUGAAUGGCGGGACUCCGUUGCACUAUGCCGCCCAGAUGUGCGGGGCCAGCUACGACAGCAAGCAGCAGCAGUCCAACUCCAGUAAACUGGCCCUAGAGAUACUCGGCAUUCUGCUGGCCCAUCCCCAGAGCAGUGUCGAUGUCCAGGACAAGGACGGCCGGCAGCCGCUGCUGUGGGCUGCUUCGGCGGGAUCGGCCAAGGCGAUGAUUGCAUUGGUGAAGGCGGGUGCCCGUGUGGAGAGUGCCGAUAAAGAUGGACUCACUGCUCUACACUGCGCCGGCUCGCGUGGGCACACCGAGUGUAUCGAUACGUUGAUCAGCCUCUGCGGCGCCCCGACCGACCUCAUCGACUCUAACGGCUGUACGGCGUUGCACUACGCCGUGACCCUGGGCCAUGCCGAUUCCACAGCCCGUCUGCUGGACUUGGAGGCGGAUCCGAAUCGACAGGAUCGCAAGGGACGCACGCCCGGCCACUGUGGCUGCGCCAAGGGACAGUUCGAGACGUUGAAGCUGCUCAAAGAGCGAGGAGCGAACCUCUGGCUCAGGAAUGCGAAGGGAGAUCUGCCGCUCCACGAGGCCGCUGCCUCCGGUCGGAGGGAGCUCGUGGAAUGGCUGCUCGCCCAGAGGUCCAAGCAGGUGAACACCACCAGUAACGAUGGUAGGAGUCUGCUGCACAUUGCGGCUGCCAACGACUACACGGACAUGUGCAAGCUCCUCCUCGACUACGGAGGGGAUGUGAAUGCCGUCUACCGCAACUCCAGGGGCCUGGUUCUGACUCCCUUGGAUGGGGCUUUGCAGCGAGGACACCGCUCGACGGCCAAGUUCCUGCAGGCGAAUGGCGGCCAGCCUUCGAACAAGGUGAAGCUUACCACCAGACGGGGCAAUCCCUUCCACGAAGCCAACGCUGCCGAUCUGGUGCGACCCCUGAAGUAUGUGGAGAAGGAGGAGGUCGAAGAUCUGCGCAGCUCCAAGAAGUAUGUCGUGUAUCUAAAGCGAUCCGAUUCGGAUAAUGGUAAUGGCAAUGGGAACGGCCAAGAGGAGGGGGACUGUAGCUGUGCGGAGGAAACCUACCGCAAGGAGCAGCGCCUGAAGCACGUUUGCCGACGCCACAAGAGGCGGCAGCUCCGCAGACGCACCAGCAGCUGUGGCGAGUCCAAGCACGAGAAGUGCAGCGAUCUGUGCCGCUCCAAGAGCAACAUCGAGAUCAGACGCCGCAAGUCCAGGGAACGGUAUGCCAGCUCCAGCGAUUGGGAGGCCGAGGAGGAGGACGACGAGGACUCUUGCGAGAACUGCUGCUACCACAAGCGGCGGAAGGAGCGGGUGGUGUCGCGAAAACGUUCCACAUCUUCCAGAAGAUCGAAAGAGCAGCAUGAUAGCGAUGCGGAUGAUGGCAGUGAGGAUAACAAGUUCAACACAUCGCCAGUGAAGGGUUCGAGGAAGCAGAUUGAAGUCAAUGGAGAAAAUAUUGCAAGAGAGCAAGGGUCGGGUAGUGCCAAGGAUCGUCCCCAAUCUGCUGUCAAACUCCAAACGCCACCGUCCACAGCCAACAAGGAAAGAACCUUCAUCAAGUCGCCGCCCCAGAGCGCCAGGAGCGAGAAGUCCGUGCAACCAGAGACUCUACAGGUGGUUGAAUCGCAUGCCGUGGAGUUGACAGAUGAGGAGCAAGAGACGGCCAAGUCCGUGGUGACACAAGUCGAUGUCCAUCACGAUGCCGAGCAGCUGACAUCUAAGUCGUCGGAGGAACUACCUGCCGCAGAGGUCGAGCAGGUGCAGAAGCAGGAGCCGGAGGCCAAGCUGCAGCUUAGCGAGGAGGAGACACAGUUGGUCUCCAAGGAGGUUGAGCAGGUCAUCAAAAUAGCGGCCACUGCCUUGAGCAGUGAGUCCAAGAGCUCCACCGAAGAGCAGCCAGCAGAGGUGAAGGAUGAGCACCAGGAACAGAAUGUAGCUCCUAAAGAUGAAGCUGAAAAAGUGGCAAAAGAAUCCCCACCCACUCCCGUGCCAGAGAAAGAGUCAACACCCCCUGUACCUGCCACGCCCACACCGCCACCAGCCAGUGGUGGUGGGGGAGAAACGCCCAAGCCACAGACAACCGCAGAGGCACCACCAGAGCCAGAGCCACCAAAAGCUGAGGAGAUAUCAAAAGCUUCACCAGCAUCUGCUGCCAAAAAUCGAGAGCAGAUGGAGAUGACGGCUUCCACCAUUCCCCCGUCAGAGCCACCCAAGCCGCAGGUUGAGCCGAAAAAACCGCCAACCGCACAGCAACCACGCCCUGCGCCAGCCCCAGCCCCAGCGCCAACCCCAGCCCCAGUCGCGGCGCAGUCUCCAGCCGGCACCCAGUCCCAGGAGCAGCCGCAACGGGAGCAGGAGUCGAGACGUUCGUUCACACUGCUGCCCUCCGACUCGGCGGACGAUGACCCAGUUGGAGCCCCUGAGGGCGCAGUAAACGCUUCCGACGAACCAUUGGCCACUGAACGCAAAUCGAGCUUCCAUGUGCUGAAGAGCGACGAAUCCGUGGGGGACCUGGAGCGUGCAGCGCGCCCCGGACGGAGCGUCGACUACAGCGGCAACAACAAUCAAGUCUUUCAAGUGGUGGCCGACGGCAGCUCAGCGACCAAGCUGCCCAGUGCCUCGGAGCUGGAGAAGAUGGACUACGACUAUGAGGAAUACGAUGAGGAGGAGUACGACGACGACGAUAUCGAUGGCAUUGACCCGGAGCACGACAGUGCUCUGCGUCGCUUCCUGACCAGUGGCAAUCGUCAUGGCGUGGGUGGGGCAGCAGGAGAUGGCGCCACAGCCACCAGUGAUGCUACUGGAGCCACUGGAGUCUACGAUGCGAUGGCCAACGGACGCAAGCGUCGCCUUAAGAAGCGCGUGCGCAGCGGUGCGAAGACGCGCAGCAACUGGAAGAAUGCCCAGGAGACCCGCGACGGUGGUGGCAAUGCUGUCCUGACCAGCAAGGAUCAGGACUCGGGCUUCGAGCCCAGUCCGCGGGCGGAACGAAGCAAAAUUCCCACCCUGCGGUCGGCCCACACGGCCAUGCCGCGGCGCCCCAUCUAUGCCACCCUCGACGGUCGGUCCUGCAGCAGUCGCCUGGAGAAUCGUAAGCCCGGCGACAAGGGCGCCUGCGAUAUGGCCGCCGUCACGCGGUCCAUUCAGCGCAACAUCCGAAGAUAUUACAUGGAGCGCAAGAUCUUCCAGCAUCUGCUGGAGCUCAAGUCGCUGCAGAUACGCUCUAGCAAGCUGAACGAGGCGGUCCUCGUGAAGCGGGCGGUCGACGACUACCACAAAUCGUGUGUGUUGCUCAACGGCGAGACGGGCACCAGGCUGCGGCGCUACAACUUCAGUGAGUACACGUUCAAGAACUUUGAACUCUUCCUGUACGAGACGCUCAAGGGACUCCAGAAGCCGGGCACCAACAACUUUCAGAACAUCAACGACGUCUACGAGGAGGCGGAGCGACGUCUCAGUCCGGACUACAAUGCCUACGAGAAGGCUCUACAGUGCACCACAAAGACGCAUCGGUGCCUCCAUGCAGCACACGCUUACACGGGCAUUCCCUGUGCCGCCUACAUUCCCAUGAUGAAUCACCAUACGAUGCCCAAGUUCGGCUUUGGACAGUACAAGAAGACCGGCAGCGUGAGCAGCUUCUUUCUGCCAAAAAUACUCACCAGUGGGCGUGCCUCCAGCGGCCGGGCCGCCGGCAUGGGCGGCAGUGGCGGUGGCGGUGGCAGUGGCAGCCGCUGCAACCACAAGGUUGCUCUGGAGCUGUCACAUGGCAAGAAUAAGCAACUAAUUUCACUGCCAGCGGAAAAGUUGGACAGCAAUAAACGCUAUUAUGUGACGUUCACAGUUAAGGACUCCUCGGGGCACGGCAGUGCCAUCGAGUCGCACAAACAAUACCAGAAGCAGCACCAGCAGCAGCAUCAGCACCAGCAGCAAUGCGGGAAUACUGCGGGCGAGCCAGGCGGCAAGUAGCCGCCUCGCCAUGCCCGUAUACGUAAUGUGGCAUACAGUGCGUACAGUCCGCCAUUGCCAUUGCCAUCAGCCCUCGUCACUGGCCUCGGCCCCGCGCAUCCACCCUGCGUCCCCUGCUAGCGUUGUUGCUGCAAAUGCAUUAAAACAAUGCCAUUGCAACAUUUUGUGUCGCUGACGCUGAUGCUGCUGCUGCCACUGUUCUUGUGACCACCCGUUGUCCGCUGUACAUCGCCGUUUUUUCGUUUGUUUCCUGUACUGCUGCUGGCG